AUGAGUGUGGUCGCAGAGGAUGUUAUUCUUCAGGAUCCGGUCCCCAAGUGGUUGCUCGCGGCUCUUGAGCAAAAAGCCGAAUUUGACCCCGAUGAACGCGCUAUAAAGCGGCGCAAGGUCGCCAAAUCUAGCUACAACAGCUUGGCGCGCACAAUGGGUCUUUCUUCAGCUGGCAUCCCAUUAGGGUACAUCCCGUUGGCUCGUUUGACGUUGCGCAUGAUAUUCGCAGACCACACUCACCUCAACGGAAAUGGCUUUUAUGAUAUGAGAGAUUCAUCUCCUCGGCUUCCUGUUGUUUUAACCUUAAAAACUAUUCACUCUAUUGACGACGACGAUGCGCUUUACACCUCCCAAAACCACCCAACCGAUAACGGUUCACACAUUAUUGAGCUAUUUCCAGCGAAGGCAGAAAAUAAAGAUACGGGGAAUUAUCUUUCGUUUCCGUUCAAGCAAUCUCAAACAUCCGAAUUAUUUGAGCACCUUUCUCUUGCAAGUACACUUACUUGCGCAGAUCUAUACUCCUCCCGUGUGCCAACUACAUGUCAUCAAGCUGCCGUGUCUCGAUUGGGUAGUAACUCAUUCUCUCUGGAAGUUGCUAUAUUGUGGAAAGAUUCACUGGAUAUACCAGAUUUCCCCCGUCUUCAGGAUCCUCUCUUGCGUGUGUUUGGAAAGUAUGCUCUGCAGGAAAGAUAUGGAGCUUCAACAGAUGCCUCAACGAAGCUCGAUAUUCGUGAGAGGAUACUCGGCUACCCUCGAACCUGGGCGCCUCGGGAAUUUUACAACAGUGUUCAUGUUCCACCCAAUACAGAAAAGGCUUCAGCAGAUAUCAAUUGUCCAAAGUUGGUUUCUGACCUAUUCCCAUUUCAAAGAAGAGCCGUCCGAUGGCUUUUGCAGAGGGAAUCAAUGGAGCUUCACCCGGAUGGAAAUGUAACUCCUAUAGAGCGAAUCCCAUCAGAAAAACUCCCGGCGUCUUUCAAGCAGAUGAAAGACGCGGAUGGAAACAUUUGCUAUUUUAGUCAACUCUUUAUGACAAUAGCCAGUGAUGUCUCGCAAUUGAAUGACGCAGGAUCCCAGCUCAAGGGUGGGAUUCUUGCUGAGGAAAUGGGUCUAGGCAAAACCGUUGAGAUGAUUGCCCUGAUGAGCUUGAACCAACGGCCUUUCCAGUUGAAACACGAUCCUGAUGGAUUAAGACCGUCCGGAGCUACAUUGAUCAUAACCCCACCUGCAAUCCUAGAGCAAUGGAAACAGGAACUUGAACAGCAUGCUCCAGAUCUCCGGGUACAUCACUACACCGGGAUAAAGCGCGGCCAAGAACAAGCAGAUGAUUUGGUGAUUGAAGAACUUGCAGAAUACGAUGUGGUUUUGACCACAUACAAUGUGAUUUCUCGAGAGGUGCAUUAUGCUAAUGCGUUGCCAAAGCGAAGUUUGCGCCACGAGAAAAAGUUUGAACCGCGUAAGACGCCUUUAGUCCGAAUUUCAUGGUGGCGAGUUUGUCUUGAUGAAGCCCAAAUGAUUGAAAGUGGGGUCAGCAAUGCAGCCAAGGUUGCUCGAGUGAUUCCUAGGAUCAAUGCCUGGGCUGUCACUGGUACGCCGCUUCGUCGAAAUAUCGAUGACCUUUUCGGCCUUCUACUGUUCCUUCAUUACUAUCCUUUCUGCUACUCAAAUCCAUUGUGGAAACGACUAUACUCCAGAUUUGGGUCAAAUCUUGUGCAAAUCAUUCAGACCAUUGCUCUUCGGCACACCAAAGAUCGUGUCCGCGAUGAGCUUCGCUUGCCACCCCAGAAAAGAGUUGUCAUUACAAUUCCAUUCACAGCGAUUGAAGAACAGCAUUAUGGUCAGCUUUUUGAAGAAAUGUCUGAACAAUGUGGCCUCAAUACGAUGGGUGCACCACUUCGCGGUGACUGGAACCCUGAAGAUCCAGGAAUCGUUGAAAAAAUGCGCACUUGGCUUACACGACUUCGGCAAACAUGCCUUCAUCCCGAGGUUAGCGGAAGCAACCGAAGAGCAUUGGGCGCUGGAAACGGGCCAUUACGCACUGUAGAUGAGGUCUUGGAAGUCAUGAUUGAAAAUACGGAUACUUCAAUUCGCACUGAAGAGAGAACCCUGCUUCUUUCACAACUUCGUCGAGGCCAGCUUUUGGAGAACGCCAAGCGACGUAAAGAGGCUUCGGAUCUCUGGCAAUCGGCCUUGAAGCAUUCUACCAGUCUUGUUGAAGAGAGUAGAGCACAGCUGCGGCUGGCAAAAAGUAUUUUGAAAGAUACUUCUAAGGAUGAUUCGAAAGACCUUUCAGAGGACAGCAGCGACGAUGAUGAGAGUGAAGAAACGGAUAAAAAUAGUCGAGUUGGCCAGUGUCGAUUGAGACUCAGGGCCGCGCUCGAGGUUCAGCAUAUUGCUGUCUUCUUCACUGCAAAUGCUUACUACCAGAUCAAAUCAGACCCAGCUUUAACUCAACCCGAUUCUGACGAUUUCAAAGCCCUUGAAAAGAAAGAGGAGGAAGGGUACGAGGCCGCGAAGGUAAUUCGUAAAGAGAUGUUGACCGACAUAUCUCGAAAGGUUGAGCGGUAUAUGAAAAUGAUCAAGGAAAAAACGCAAAAAAAGGAGUUUGUCAAAAUUCCUAAGAUGAAACCCUAUCUUUAUGACAGGGGACUUGAAUCAUAUCGACUUUUCAACAAGUUUGAGGAUCUGUGCAAUGCGCUAAACAAGCAUGCGGAGCAGUAUAAUGAAUGGAGAGAGGUCAUGAUAAAAUUGGUCUCCCAAUCGCUUAUUGAUCAGGAGGAGGAUGCCGAGCUUGAGGGAAACGAGUACGAGCGAUCGACCAAACAUCAAGACGAGAUGUAUGUUUACAUGGAAGCUCUUCGUGCUAUGUAUGCGGAUCGCCAUGAUGCCCUCACUGGCCAAAAGAAUAUCCUCAUCUCCCACGAAGUCAAAGCUGGCAUUGUCCAGGCACAAAAGGAUGAAGGGCCUUCUCCAAAGUUGUUUCUCUCCAUUAUGAACUCCCGUAGUGAAGUCAUGCCCGAUAAUGAGCUAGGUUCACUUCGAGGUAUUGUUACUGAACUUAGAAGCUUGGUCACCUCGCUUGACUGGCAAGCUAGUGGAGGGAGCUCGCGAGCUCGGGCUGAACUUGAAUUGGUCACCGAGGUUUUGAAAAACGCGGGUCAGCUGAUUGGCAAGCAGCUCAAAGCGUCAACAAGCUUGGAGAGGGAGGUAGAGAUGUUCCGCGACACAAUGAACAACAGGCUGGAGUACUACCGCCAUUUGCAGCAAAUUUCCGAUACAGUUGCCCCAUAUGAUGAAGAAAGCGCCGGGAAACCCAUGAAUGAGGAACUAUUUGCCUCCAAGAUCAAACAGGAGGAAACACUCGAAGGCAAGAUAUCAUCAUUGAAAUCCAAAAGGCGAUACCUUAUCCAUCUACGGGAUGAGUCUGGCCCGGAAGACAGUUCAAGAAUUUGUAUUAUCUGCCAGUCGAGCUUUGAAGUUGGAGUCUUGACCGUUUGUGGCCACAAAUAUUGCAAGGACUGCUUGCAAAUGUGGUGGCGGCAACAUCGAACCUGUCCCAUGUGCAAGAAAUCAUUGAAAUACAGUGACUUCCAUCAGAUCACGUACAAGCCGCAGGAGCUGAUAGCUCAAGAAGAAGAAUCGGCUGUCAAAUUUGACCACGAGCAUCAUUCAAGGAAUGCCAUCUACAGUGAUGUCAGCUCAGGUGUUCUAAAUCAAAUUCAAAACAUCGACCUAGAUGGCUCAUUUGGCACUAAAAUUGAUACUCUUGCUCGUCAUAUCAUGUGGUUGAGAGAGCAUGAUCCUGGAGCUAAGUCGAUCGUUUUUUCCCAGUACAAAAACUUCCUGCAAGUCUUACAACGGGCCUUCGGUCGCUUCAAAAUUGCCAGUAGCAGUAUUGACACCCCCAGCGGCAUUGAAAAGUUCAAACACGAUCCAGCGAUCGAAUGUUUCUUAUUACAUGGCAAGGCGCAGUCUUCAGGACUUACACUUAUCAAUGCCACUCAUGUGUUUCUAUGUGAACCGCUGAUCAAUACGGCAAUUGAACUCCAAGCCAUUGCUCGAGUGCAUCGAAUCGGGCAGCAUCGCCCCACUACCGUUUGGAUGUACCUUGUUUCUCGAACGGUGGAAGAGUCCAUAUAUGAACUCUCGGUAACUCGUCGGCUAGCCCACAUCAUCGAGAAAGAGAAACAAGAGAAUGCCCGCUCUGCACCUCUUGACGAGGUCGACGAGUCAUUAAUCAACAAUCUUACCGAAACAGCCAUAGACUCCGCCAAUUCCAUGGAGAUGCAAGACGCAAGCCUAACAAACCUGAUGACAAGCGGUGCUUCUGGUGGUGAACUGGUGAAGAAGGAUGAUUUAUGGCAGUGUCUCUUUGGAAGCUCUGCCCAGAAAGAGGGCAAUGGCAGCUCGGCCGAGGCAGAGAGGGAAGUAGGCAGAUUCCUGCGAGGUGAGGCAGCGGACCAAAGAAGAGAUGAAUGA